UGUGGUUUCCAUAGACACCAACCAGAGUAAACUGUCGGGAGUUUUGAAUUAGAAAAAAGGCUUGAAAGAAGCUUACUGGAAUAUCCCAUCUGGUGCCAUGGGCUUAUCACUGACGAGGGCAGCACAGUGGACCACGGCCACUUCUGAUGCUGGAAAACUUGCGCCCACGCCAAUGAACGUGUCCUUGUUGAAAGAGGUCCUGCGCUUUGUGGAGCAGUUCAGCUCCCAACAUCCACAGGAGGCGGAGCAUGUGUUUGAGGAGCCUCUCCAGUGGAGUACCGCUUUAGUGGCAUCUGAUUUCAAAACAGACUAUGACAUAAGUGACUUGGAUGUACAGUCCCCCGAGAAAGACAACAAAGGGCGUCCAUUGUUGCAGCUCUCCCCUCCGACUGUAUGCGUGCGCAGCUUCAGCCAGCUCUCUAAACUACUUCAUCUGGCAGAUAAUAAGAGGAUGGAAGAAGUUCAAGCAUGUCUAGAAGAAAAUAGAGACCCUGUAGUUAAGAUUCUCGGUCCCAGCCUUGAUAGCAUUCUGGAGAAAGCAGAUGCUCACACAGAUGGGCUGGUGGACGAAGAGAAAGAGGAAGAUCAAAGCAAGGACAUCAAGGUCAAGCUGUUCCUUUUGCUCCAAGAUUUGGAUAAGCAGCUUCUCAGCAAGUGCCUCAAAGACAUGGACGGACGAGACGGGCUGGACCCCGGCGCAGUGAGGAAUGAAGUGGAGAUGUUGAAACGGCACUCCAGCGAGGGGGAAAAGAGGGUGUUAAAGUCGGUUCGAUACACAUCAGAUUAUGUAUUUUCAAACGGCUGCCGUGCACCUCCGUGGAGACAGGCCCUUAAUGAGAUUUGCUACCUUGUGAUCGAGCCUUGUGACACCGAGACCCUCUACAUCACCUGCAGCACAGCUGGAGUUUUUCUCAAUGGGGGUAUAAACCGGGAAGGGGAGGAGAUUGGCUUCGAGCAAACUAGUGAUGUGUUCAAAGACCUCAGAGCCCUUCUGAAAAGCACAUCACCACAUUUUGCAGAGAACGCAAACAAGCAGGAUUUUGAAGAAGAACUUCCACCAACACAAAAGACCCAGCAUGUGGAAUUGGUUGAUGCGGAGGAACAAGGCCAACCCCAGAGGUCUGACGAGCAACAGGAAAAGAAUGUGCAUGAGAAGGAAAGGCAGCGGCAUGCGCCGAACAAGGCAAACGACAGAAAGAAAUACGAACCAUGUCGGAGGUGGAAUAAUCUGGGUCUUGUGUCCCCGCGUGGUAAGACCCCAGCAGGAUCCGUGCCAAUGGACGCUUUCAGUGAGAGUUCAUCCGAGAGUGAGGAGGAGGAGGAGCAAUCCGAGCGCCAUCCAGAGAGCAACACAGACCUGCCUUCUGAAUACUGGCAGAUACAGAAACUGGUCAAGUACCUCAAGGUAGGUGACCAGAAUGCCACUGCGCUCACUCUGUGCGCCAUGAUGGAGUUUAAUUUGAUGCAGGAGACGUGCCAGCUGGCCAUCCGGGAUGUAGGUGGCCUUGAAGUCCUCAUUAACUUGCUGGAUACAGAUGAAGUCCAAUGCAAAAUUGGAUCUUUGAAAAUCCUGAGGAAGAUAAGUCACAAUGUGCAUAUCCGUCGAGCCAUUGUAGACAUGGGAGGCCUGCAGAGCAUUAUGAAGAUUCUGGACUCACCAGUCAAGGAUCUUAAGGCCUUAGAUGCUGAGACCAUUGCUAACGUGGCCAGAUUCCGCAGAGCGAGGAGAACCGUCAGGCAAUAUGGUGGAAUCAAAAAACUGGUGAGGCUGCUAGACUGUGCCCCCAAUUUAGCCAAUCUGACCGCAGAGCAGGAGAAGGAUGUAGAAGUGGCUCGCUGCGGCGCUCUGGCACUGUGGAGCUGCAGCAAGAGCACUAAGAAUAAAGAGGCCAUCCGAAAGGCCGGGGGCGUCUUCAUGCUGGGACGCCUGCUCAAGUCGCCACAUGAGAACAUGCUUAUUCCUGUGGUGGGGACCCUGCAGGAGUGUGCCUCUGAGGAAAGCUACAGGAUUGCCAUUCAGACUGAGGGCAUGAUCAAGGACUUGGUCCAAAACCUAAGCAGAGACAACGAUGAGUUACAGAUGCAUUGUGCCAACGCAAUCUUCAAGUGUGCACAGGACAAGCAAACCCGUUACCUGGUGCGCCAGUACAAAGGUCUGCAGCCGCUGGUUUCGCUGCUGAGCAAGGCGCACAACAAGCAGCUCCUGGCCGCCGCCACCGGGGCCAUCUGGAAGUGUUCCAUCAGUGUGGAGAACGUGACUAAGUUUCAGGAGUACAAAGCCCUGCAGACCCUGCUUUGCCUCCUGACUGAUCAGCCCGAGGAAGUUCUGGUAAAUGUUCUGGGAGCUGUGGGAGAAUUUGCCAAAAUACCUGCCAACAAGGCCACCAUUCGCAAGUGUGGAGGCAUCAGGUCGCUAGUUAACCUGCUGACUGGAACAAACCAGGCGCUGCUUGUGAAUGUAACCAAGGCAGUGGGGGCCUGUGCUACUGAUAUGGACAACAUGAUAAUCAUCGACAAGCUUGAUGGAGUCCGCCUGGUGUGGUCAUUAUUGAGGAACCCCAGUGCAGAUGUUCAGUCCAGUGCUGCAUGGGCCCUUUGCCCGUGCAUUGAGAAUGCAAAGGAUGCAGGGGAAAUGGUGCGCUCCCUCGUCGGUGGGUUGGAACUGAUUGUUAAUUUGCUGAAGUCAACAAACAACGAGGUGCUGGCAAGCAUUUGUGCUGCCAUCGCCAAAAUAGCCAGAGACAAGGAGAAUCUGGCAGUCCUCACUGAUCACGGGGUAGUCCAGUUGCUGACCAAGUUGACGAACACGACUGAUGACAGGCUCCGUCGCCACCUGGCUGAGGCCGUGGGCCACUGCUGCAUGUGGGGCAGCAACAGGGCAUCCUUUGGUGAUGCCGGGGCCGUGGCCCCCCUGGUGCGUUACCUCAAGUCAAAGGACAAGGCAGUCCACAAGACCACGGCUAUGGCCCUCUACCAGCUGUCCAGAGAUCCUAACAACUGCAUUACCAUGCACGACAAAGGAGUGGUCAAGCUCCUCAUCCACCACAUGGGGUCUGACAAUGAGAUGCUCCUGGAAGCUGCAGCUGGCUGCGUGCGCAACAUCCGGCUGCUGGCCCAGGAGAACAGGAAGGCCAAAUUAUUUUAUUGACCCUUUUGUCGGACAGAAUUUGUGUUUAAACAUGUUUAAAAAUAAAUCC